AUGCAAUCUGCGACACGAAGCACUGCCAACGCUUGUCGAAAUAUGGCGAAAAAUCAGUGGAGACCUUAUACUAACGGCUCUCAUGCCCCUUCCACGCCUCGACAUCUUCUUUCCAUUGCAGACCUUACGCCCACAGAAUUCGCAACUCUUGUCCGAAAUGCCUCUUCCUAUAAGAAAACGAUCAAGUCGGACUCAAUGCCUGAGCGCUUGAUGGGGGCGCUGUCAGGAAAGACCGUAGCCAUGAUGUUCAGCAAACGCAGCACCAGAACCAGAGUAUCAACCGAAGGCGCUGUGGUGAAGAUGGGAGGUCAUCCCAUGUUUCUAGGAAAGGAUGACAUCCAGUUGGGCGUGAAUGAGUCACUGUACGAUACUUCUGUUGUAAUAUCUUCAAUGGUAUCUUGCAUUGUUGCCCGCGUGGGACCUCACUCCGACAUUGCCAAUUUGGCUAAACACUCGAGUGUGCCGGUUAUUAACGCCUUAUGUGACACCUUCCAUCCGCUGCAAGCAAUCGCCGAUUUCCUCACCAUCCAUGAAUCCUUUGCGUCACAAUCUGCAACACACGGAACACAUCCCUCGAGUCUGGGAUUGGAGGGACUGAAAAUUGCGUGGGUCGGAGAUGCAAAUAAUGUCCUUUUUGACCUGGCGAUCGCCGCGACCAAGAUGGGUGUAAAUGUGGCCGUUGCGACACCCAGGGGCUACGAGAUUCCGUCUCAUAUCGUUGAACUGAUUCAGAAAGCACGAGAAGGGGUCCAGUCACCAGGAAAUCUCACACAAACCACCGUGCCAGAAGUCGCCGUCAAGGAUGCAGACGUCAUCGUGACCGACACCUGGAUCUCGAUGGGGCAAGAGACCGAGAAAAUCAAAAGACUGGAAGCGUUCAAAGACUUUAAAGUGACUUCAGAGCUUGCUAAACGAGGAGGCGCAAAAGAGAAUUGGAAGUUCAUGCAUUGCUUACCACGACAUCCCGAGGAGGUUAGCGACGAAGUUUUCUAUAGCGAGAGAUCUCUCGUCUUCCCAGAGGCCGAAAAUCGACUAUGGGCAGCCAUUUCGGCGCUGGAAGCGUUUGUUGUUAACAAGGGGAAGAUUGCUUGA